ACAAAAUUUUGAAUUUUUUAAAUUUUUUAGACAACAACAUGGCAAAACUAGAACUCCUGCUACCGUGCCUGCUACUGGUGACGAUAUCAUCCGAAAAAAGCUUCGUGGAAACUGCACCGACGCCAUCCCCGACUGAAAUUCAAAAAUCUACUCCGAAAGGUUCGCCAGAAGUCGUCCCGGAAACACUGGAUGCAAAUGUACGGGAAUUGGAAAGUUUAAAACAGACAAUUGGAAAAACUUUGGAAAUGAUGAAAAGUCAAUCGGCCAUCUACACCAACCUAAACGGACACACAGAAAGUCAUUUAGAUACCAAUUCUCAAGCUAUUCAAGAUGAGAAACUAAUAUCUAAUAUUGGUAUACAUAUCAAUAAAGAGCAACCAAGCGCUGAUGCACCAGCAAGAGAAAAUCUCAACAUUCCCGAAAAGAAUAUCCACAAGUCAAGCGUGCAACGCCUGCUGCCCGACAUCCGGCCGCAUCAGGAUGAACAGCAACUGAACACCAAGCGUGGCUACGCCGGAGACCAGGACGAAGACGUCGCGCCGAUGCAGCUGGAAAAGUUUGGUAAAAGUCGAUACACGCCGUCGGAUAUGGCCGAGUACGUGUUCUGGACGGGAGAUGAAAAGGGCGUUACGCUCGCAAUCGAAGAGUUCCUGCAAGCUGGACUUAUGACCAGGGAGGAGGCAAUCGUCUUUCUGCAGGAAAUCAAAUACAACUUAGACUAUUUGCAGAACCAUUACAGCACCCAACUUAGAUUGAACGGCGCUGGGGAACAUUCCAAGGCGAAUACGGAAAAUAUCGCCGCGGACUUGAUGAAGUACAGACAAACAAUGGAGCAGAUUCAUGAAUUGCAGGAAUUAACCAGACCAAAACAGAAUAAAAAUUUUGAUUUGACACAAAUACGAUAUCAGCCCGUUAAGAAAAUAAGCUCUAGUCUUACAAAAACAGAGUCUGAAAAUCCAAAAUUAAUUGAUGCAUCGAACGUCGACGAAGACUACGAUGAAUUAAUGGAUCGUCUGCGCGUUGCCGAUUUCCUCUACACCGAGUACUCGCUGGAAGAGAUCAUCUACCAAUUGGCGAAAGUGAUGUUCACCCAGGGCUUGACGCGUGGCAGCGCUGAAGCACAGCAGGCGCUCCGAAAGUUCACCGCUUUCCUGGAAGCCGAAGCCGAACAGGGUCACAUAUCAAAAUCGCUCGAAAAGAAAGUGCUCGAUGUACUGAUUGCGUCCUUGACUGACACGCUCAGUGAACACCCUGAGUCUGAGAAGCAACUAAUUCCACAUGAAAAUCGCCAAAAUCUGCUUCGGAAAAUCGCGCAGAUGAUCCCGCAGGAUAAAAGCCUGCACUCACCGCGUGUUGACAUUCAAUUAGAGGGCGAAAGUCGACAUCCCUUCUCUUCGUUGACCCAAUACAAAACAAUCGAUUAAUUUCUCUUCAAAUCCAUAAAUUAUAAACAUAAAUAUUACCAACAACAGCAAAACUUAAAAUAUGUUGUAUGUAAUAUUGUAAAUUAAUAUAAUAAUAUUUAUAAAAUAAGGAAACAAAAAAGUCUGGAUACACAUAACUAAAUUUGCGAAUUUAGUUAUCAAUUUAUAGAAAAAUUCUAAUUAUAUAAACAAAUAUCAACAUUUCCAUACUAAACGUUGCGUAUAACGAGAUGUAAAUGUGUAUAAAGAGACAGAUUGUAAUGUACAAAAUACAUUAUUGAAAUAUAUCAGAAAUUGAAAGCA